AUGCCGGCCUACGACAAUGAAGGGGCCACCAUAUCUAUGGAAGAUGUACGGGAGCAGAAACCCAGCGCCAUUGAUGAUGAAUUAGCUAUGCGGAGAAAUAGAAUGCUGAAGCCGCAGAAGUCUACAUUAUCUUCUAGAAAGAAGCAGGCGAUCUGCGUCAGACGGGCGCACAAGAAAUAUGGGCCAGCGAAAAAUCCAAACGUCAUUUUGGACGGAUUAAAUAUGACAGUUGCUAAAGGUGCCAUCUAUGGUCUACUUGGUGCAUCUGGUUGUGGAAAGACCACGCUACUCUCAUGCAUUGUAGGCAGACGAAGACUGAAUUCUGGUGAAAUAUGGGUCCUUGGUGGAAGACCAGGAAGCCCUGGUAGUGGAGUGCCAGGUCCUCGAAUAGGAUAUAUGCCACAGGAAAUCGCGUUAUUUGGCGAGUUUUCUAUCCGGGAAACCAUGAUAUACUUCGGGUGGAUAUCCGGUAUGACCACCAAGGAGGUGGAGGAGAGGAUCGACUUCCUUGUUGACUUAUUACAGCUCCCUAACCCCUCACGGCAAGUAAAGAACCUGUCUGGAGGUCAGCAGCGACGGGUGUCGCUUUCAGCUGCUCUUCUGCAUGAGCCGGAACUGUUAAUCCUCGAUGAACCAACGGUGGGACUUGACCCUGUCUUGCGACAAAGUAUCUGGGACCAUUUGGUGGAAAUAACGAAAGGCGGCCGAACGACAGCCAUCAUCACCACACAUUAUAUUGAUGAGACUAAACAAGCCAAUAUGAUUGGUCUAAUGCGUGGAGGACGGUUUCUCGCCGAAGAGUCACCGACUGAGCUGAUCAGGCGGUACCAGGCCGAGAGUCUUGAAGAUGUCUUCCUCAAGCUCUCAGUUCUCCAAAACAUGGGGAAACGGAGACGAUCAAGUAUCCUCGCGGAUGUCGUCGAGAAGGUGGAAAUACCGGCUAUACCUGACCCAACAGCCAUAGAUGUUGAAGAUGAAAUAGGUGAAAUAUCAGGAGAGUUUGGAGACAAUGUGUCAAUGAGCAGCAAAGGCAGGAGUGUGAUCGCAGACCUGACAACAGCAGUAGAAGCUUUGCCACCAGAAGAUGAGGCUCCUGGCGGUUAUCUAGACAGAAUGAAGCCCAUGAGCUGGCACCACAUGAGGGCAUUGAUAUGGAAAAAUUUCUGGAGUCUGUUCAGGAACUUUGGACUUCUAGCCUUCAUCAUUGGUCUUCCCCUAUCCCAAAUGGUACUCUUCUGUCUUGCCAUUGGACACUAUCCAGUGGGUCUACCGAUCGCAGUUGUGAAUUAUGAACUUGGCCCGAACAAUACUAAUGUACCAUGCGACUAUGAGAAGAAUAAAUGCCCACAAGAUCCUGAAACCUGGGAGUGGAAUUUAACGAGAUUCAGUUGUCAAUAUCUGGACUUUCUCUCGAAGAGACAGUCGAAUUUGAUAUACUACCCCAACGAAGUAGUAGCAAUGUCAAAAGCAGAAAGAGGGGCCGCUAGAGCUGUCCUUGUCUUUCCGGCUAAUUUCUCCACUAGUCUUCAGGAUAGAAUGAAAGAUCCGAGGCAUACAGACGUUUAUACCGUCGAAAGCUCAGAAAUCACUGUACAUAUGGAUGAUACAGAUAAACAAGUCGAGUGGAUGUUGCUACGAGACAUUCAGCUUGCGUUCAUGGAGGCUACCGAACAGCUGACCUAUGUGUGCAAUCUUCCAAAGAGGAUGCUGUCCAUACCUGUCACUUUUCAUAACCCCAUUUACGGUUUGGAGGUCCCUAAUUUCACAGACUUCGCCGGACCCGGUGUUAUCCUUACAAUCAUCUUCUUCCUGGCAGUCGCGUUGACUUCCGGUUCCAUGUUGGCAGAACGGAACGACGGUAUACUUGAACGAUCACUUGUUUCCGGUAUAACAGGUACCGAGAUCCUCUUCUCACACGUCAUAGUCCAAAUGUUGGUGAUGAUAUUCCAGACGGCCAUGGUGCUGAUUGUCGGUUUCGUCAUCUUCGGUCUGACCCUCAAAGGAUCUCUGGGUUGGGUUAUUGUUCUGACCCUCAUUAAUGGCCUGUGUGGCAUGACUUUUGGUUUUGUAGUUUCCUGCAUUUGCGAUACUGAAAGAACAGCCACAUAUCUAGCACUCGGCUCAUUCUUGCCCAUGAUGUUGUUAUGUGGUAUCAUCUGGCCAGUUGAAGGUAUGCAUCAAAUUCUUCAGUGGAUAAGCUUCGUGCUACCCCUCACUAAAUCGACGGAGUCCCUCCGUUCAAUGUUACAACGAGGCUGGACGAUUGAUGUGCCUACAGUGUACACUGGUUUCGUUUCCACCACCUUAUGGAUAGUAAUAUACUUGACAGUUAGUAUAUUAUUAAUUAAAUUUAAGAAGGGAUAG